UCUGCGCAUCGGUUGGCAACAUUGAGCUCUUUCCUUCCAAGCCGCGAUCGGACGCCAUUACCACGCUACCGGAUCGCGAAUCUGUCAUUAUAGCGUCUUUUCUAUAAUUAAUUUUAUAUUGUCCUAGACAUUUCUCUAAUUGUGUUUUUAGUUUACAAAAAUACAUUUCUCUCAAAAUGUCUGAUGAGAAAAAGGGAGAAAGUGAACACAUCAACUUAAAAGUAUUAGGUCAAGAUAAUGCUAUUGUCCAAUUCAAAAUUAAGAAACACACACCUCUCAGGAAGCUGAUGAAUGCCUACUGUGACAGAGCAGGUCUUUCAAUGCAAGUAGUCCGGUUCAGGUUUGACGGCCAGCCUAUUAAUGAAAAUGAUACACCUACAUCGCUGGAAAUGGAAGAGGGUGAUACAAUAGAGGUUUAUCAGCAGCAGACUGGUGGAGCGCCUCUAGUGUAACUUAUAUCUUAAGGAACUGUCCGAUCCCUAUGUGAAGACCGCUGUGGUGUGCCCAUCUCAAAACUUUAACAUUAAGUUAAUUAUAAUGUAACAUUUUUAUCGCAAGGAUGUUAAUGGAAUUUCCAAAAUAUACAUUGUCUGCAGAAUAUUGUUCCCUGAACAUUGUACAAAUUGGAAAUUUCAUUGUAAUCAAGAAAUUUAAGGUAAACCAAAUGUCUUAGUAACUUUGGAGCAAAUAUUCCAUUGUGAUAAUUAGUUGACAUUUUACAGAAUCAGCCAGUAUUUUUUAAACACUGGUAUAUUAAGGUAUUUUUCAUUUCUAUAUGUGGUAACUAUAAUUUAUUGGACUCGCGGUCCAUUCAAGUUAUCAAGGUCUGUAAUAGCAACUAAAAUAAAUGUAAUGGUAAUAUAA